UUGAUAUAUUGGACACACAGCCUGAUUGCUAGGAGCACGACGGGACAUGAAUGAAAAAAAAAAUUAAGCAGGCCGAACCAGCAUGUAGAUUACAAUAGCGCUGAUACGAUGGACGAGGCAGAAUGUGCAUUACUGCAAGAAAAUCGUAAUUAAAAAAUGAUUCGGCCAGCGAUGAUGCCAUCGUCAACAAUGACGCGAAUCACUGUGACCUGGCGGCAUUCCAGCGCCGAGAGGUGGUAGCCCACCCACUGCAGAGGAUGCCGAGCCUCUAAGUGCCGUGCCACCCGGAGCAGACCAGUAAUUUACAGUACAGUGUAUGCUUUGUAGCAAGGCUACAGUACCACCUCAUAUGUUGUAAGAAAAAGACAAGAACAAGAAAAUACAAAGAUCGUAUCUUACUGAUCCGAAAUAUCUCGCCAGCGCAGUACCCCCAUGCUAUCUUCACUCGUAUCGGUACUUUCUGCUUCAAAACAGCCCACUAACGCCCAUGACGAAGAUUGUGUCGCUUUCCUCGGCCGCACUGGGCGUGUCUGAGUCAAACCACCAGCAAGAUAAUUUCCUUUUUGCCUAUUUUUAAAUCUUCCUUCUACCAGAAACAGACAGCGUGGAUCAAUUGACCCUCUGCAGAGACCAGUGAAUACAUUGAUACUCUAAAAUGGUUAUACAGGCACACUAUUACUGUGGUAUACUCUAUCUCUGGUGUAUCUUAAUACGAGGGAGCACGUCCCGCGUCUCGCCUGGAGCACCGACCAAAAGAAAAUCCACCCGCCACAAGAUGCCUGUCGGUGACGUCUCAGUCCCCUGUUCGCCCGUUAAAUGCUGCGCCACAUGACAAAAGCUCGCUUUCCAAGAUUUUUGGGCUUCAACAGCUGUCAGCCACACUUGGUGACACGUUCUGAAUUAUGAGGCCACUUGCUGGGCACCUGGUGCAGCUUUCUUGUCACUUUUCCUUCUUCCCCGCUUCCUUGUAAUUUGUUCAUCCGUCUCAGUGAAUCCUGCUUAUUCACAUAAAUAGCACCAAAUAUACAUCAGUUAUUGUUGGCCGUCAUCCCGCCUUGUCACCGUUGAAACUCUGGCCCCCUAUUGUACCACCACUUUACUCAACACUAGUGGAGGUGCACGCCACAUCAUCUCCCCCAGCAGUCUACUAAUCCCAUCAUCCCCCAGCCCAGGCCAGCCUUCUUCAUCAAACCAGCUAGCCACUGUACUUAAUACGAGGAAAAUAAGCUCCAGCCUCGUUUAUGCUCGAUUUACUCAGCUUCUAGCUAGCUGCUUGUUCUAGAGCUACUGCAACUCUGUGCCUCAUGCCCCUGGCAACCAAUCGCCAUUAGUCUGCUACAGCUAUACCCAUCAAGGCCAGUCCAAUGGCGGCAAGCAAGGCACCGCCGCCCCUACCACCGAGGAAUUCCGUCUCGGAAGAGUCCAAGCUUCGUCCGAUACAGCUGAUCGACUCGUCGGCAUCGUCUACCACUUCACCCGGCGACGCUCAACACCCUCUUGACCCGCCGCCGGCAUACUCCCAAACAACCACUGGAUGGACAGCCCCAAUUCAUGCAAAUGACCCCCGCGCCUCUUCGACACAGUCCCUAUCACCGGAUGUCAAUCAAGAUGGCACCAAACGCAAGUUACUCCUGAUCUACAUGCACGGCUUCUACGGCAAUGAUCAAUCCUUUCGUUCAUUUCCCGCCCACUUACACGCCCUCCUCACCACUCUCUUGGCGGACUCACACGUUAUUCACUCCAAGAUUUACCCGCGAUAUAAAACAUAUCGUGCCAUUUCCGUUGCCCGAGAUAACUUCAGUGCUUGGCUUGAGCCACAUGAAUGCCCUAAUACUGAUGUUAUCCUAGUUGGCCACUCGAUGGGCGGGCUCCUGGCAGCAGAAGUCGUCCUUCUUCCAAAUCAUGAUCCUCAUCGUCAAAGUCCUUUCAAGCACCGCAUUUUAGGCACAAUUUCCCUCGACUCGCCCUUUCUCGGCUUGCAUCCUGGUAUUGUAGUUUCAGGCAUUGCGUCUCUGUUUGCGCCAGCACCCAGUGCACCCGCAGGCAACCCACAGGAGACAGACCCUACCUUGGCAUCUACUCCCUCCUCCUUAACCCUUGAUUCAUCCUCGGCUAUUUCCCAGCCUAGCCCGUCCAUCUCUAGCCAGUCAUCUGUUCGCCCAGACGACCCCUACUAUGAUCCGCCUUAUUUCAAUGACCGACCGUUUCGUGAGCAACCGCUUAUCAAGCGUAUCCAAAAUUUUGCUACCAAGCACAAGGCUGAUGGCUUAUUUAAUGCCAUGGGCAAUCAUGUCAUGUCUCACUUGGAAUUUGGUGGCUGUUUAGCGGACUACCCGGGCAUGUCUGCUCGAUACAACAAGAUCAGGACACUCGAGGAUGUGGACGAGCUUAAAAAGCUAGUAGAAGGUCAUCCCGCUGGUGCAUUUGCCCAAGUUCGCUUUGUUAACUACUACACGCUGUCUCCUGGCAAGCCUAAGCCUCCAGUAGCAGAGGAAGACAAAGACGAAUUGGAUGUUGCCAAGCUAGCUAUUGAGGACACCGCCACCCAAGAAGAAACUCCAGAGAUAACAGAGAAUCAGCAAGCCAUUCUCGUAACCAACAUCAAAAUUGAUGAAAAUGAGGAUCAAGACACUGCUGAACAUGAUUUAGCUCCCCUAGAAACUCUUGAUCCGCAACCCCUCGAGGCAGACGAAUUGGAAGACACUCCAGACACGCAACCUCUGGAACUCGCCCCUUCAUCGGCAUCAGCAUCACUUCCACCCAUUCCUGACGCCGCAGUAGAACCAGUUCUUCCUGAUUUGGAUGCUAUAUCAGACAAGGAUCUCCGCAAGCAAGCAGAAAAGGAAUCUAAGCGUCUGCAAAAGGCGUAUGAUCAGGCCGUCAAGAACCGCGAAAAGGCCAUUGCCGAACGCAACAAGCUGAUUGAAAAGAAACGCAAAAAGGAUCUCAAAGAAUCCACAAAGCUCGACAAGCUAGCUGAAAAGGAGUUCCUCUCUCAACAAAAGAAAGCGGCAAAGGAAGCCGCUGCGCAGGAAAAAGCUGUCCGCAAGCAGUCCGCUGCCGACGACAAGGCUGCUCGCAAGGAUGCUCAACCACCCAAGCUACGCAAGUUCUGUACACUGCCUGACAAGGUCAACGGUGUCCGCGACGCUACCUGGGUCAAUGUAUUCAUGGCUGACAUGGACGAAAUCGAGGCCCAUUGCGCAUUAUUCGCCCCAGGGCCGCAUUAUGAUCCUCUGGUCACGGGCGUAGGCGAACGUAUUCUUGGUUGGGUUCAUGACGAUAUGUCCAAGAGAACUGCACUUACUAUGAUGAAUGAAUGAUAAUGAAAACUUGGUUAAUGAUUUGAAUUUGCAUUUUCAAACUUAAAUAGUCUAAUAUCGUUUCCUAUGUUGAAACGGAGAUUGGUAUAUAUAUGCGCAUCAUAAAAAGAAAUGCAUCGCUUUUCAUAAAUACUGUGUCUUGUUUUGUACAAAAUGUUAUGCGACAAAGAUGGAUGGUAACGUCUGCUCGGGAACCACAGCUUCUAUUGCCGAUUCCCAUAGUCUUUGCUCCUAGUAGAGAUCAACUUGGUUUAAGCUGACAAAGAUAUCGCCCUUAUGCAUACCCAUUCCGCUAUCGACGCCGCGGAGCAUGGCUUGGCCAUCACCAGUAGAUGCUGCAACGGAGUGUGCGUUACUGCCCGUAUCAGAUGGCGUCGGUUCUCGCUCAACAAAUUCUGUAAAGCUAAGGGAGAUGGCGCCAAUACGGAUGAGCGGCUUGCUCGUGUCCCAGUUGCGGUGAGCACAGAUUAGUGCCGUUGCUAAGCUCUUCUCGCUGCGCUUAGGCGAUGGCUUACCCAGCUCGUCUGGUUGCGGGCGGCGCCAGUGUUUGCCAGACACAAGGACAGCUUUCAGAACAAUCUCCUCACAAUCUGGUAAGACGUUGCCGUCAGCACAUGCGGAUCGGACGCCUUCAAGGACGAUCAGCGAGGUUGCAUGACCCAUUGCCGUAGCAAUCUGUUUCUCUAGUCCCAUCUGGCCAGACUCUGCACGAACAAGGCGUAUAUCGAAACAGUAUGUAGUGAUGUGUAAGAAGUCAAUCUUGAGUGCUCGUCGGGCAAUUGCUUCGCCAUCAAUCUCCCAAGAUAGCAGCAUACCGUCCUCAAACCCAACUGAGAUUUCCAUUCGUCGUGGUGCUGUAAUGCCAUCUAUCGCAGGUUCACUCUUUCCAUUCACAUAGUUGAAAAGAAACCCGCGAGCACAUGGUCCGGCUGGAGAUAGCGGUGCAUUCUCGCGCAACCUCCAUGCCAACCAAGACCAUGAGGGAAACGGAAGCCCUGGGUCCAUGACAUAUGCACCGGUUGGGUUCUCAACGUCAGCAAAGGGCUUCAGAUCCGUCAUGAGCGUUUCAAGAGCUGCUGAUGAGGUCUUAUUGCCAACGGUCAUCCAACCAAGCCCAACAGCUAGCCUAUCUGUCUGGCUCACAACCUUGACGUUUUCAAAAUGGUCUGGGUGGAAUAGUGGGAGGCCAAUGAGGUUUUCAGUGCCCUUUUCGGCUUUGGCAAAGGUAUCGAGGGUGCUUCGAAAUAGAUCCAGCCUUUGGGAGGGGCGAUAAUGUCUCCUUCCUAGAAAUAGAGAAACUUGAUGUCUGUAAUCUUCUGGUCCAAAUUUUGUAUCCACUUCAAAUACUCUCCCCUUUGAUACUGUAGCGGUUAGGCGCAAGGGCAUGGACACACUCUCAUGACAAUGGACCUUGCCACUUUGGAAGUAUACUUGGGAUGGCGUCAGUACGAGCUGUCGUUGUGCGAAUGCACCAUCUUGCAUUGUCCAGGCAUGCGAUGCCCAUGCUGAUGCUCCGAUUUCGAGAUCUGAGCGUAACAGAGUUGUUGUGAAGAACCCAACCUCGGUUUGGAGGGAUAGUGGUUCUUCACGAGGUACGCUGACUCCAUGGAUGCCCACAGCAUUGCUCUCGCCAUUGGCGGCAAUGAUGGUAAGAAUUGAAUUGGAAAAGAUCUUAGCUUUUGCGCUGAGGUUUUUCUGAAGUUCCGCGGCACUAGCCGGCUCAGGCUGGCAGAACUUCUCAAUCCAGAGAUAUUGAUAUCCAAGAGACGACGUUAAGCCGAUGGCGUCUGCAAAGAGCGCUGUCGUCAAAUCUACCGCAGGAGAUUCCCCUUCGGCAUCAUCUCCAGCAGGAUCAUCUGGUACAUAGCUCAAGGUAACGUAUUUCAAAUCCUUGGCCAGUUCGUCAUCGGCCUCAAUUAUUUUGCCAUCAUGACAGUCGACUAAUUUCAGUCCAACUGGUGAGACCAUCUCGAUCUUGGGCUUUGCAGAUUCAGUCGGGUUGUCGUCGCAAAAUUUGAUCCAACUUUUGACAAGUAACGGGUCUAAUAAGGGUGUGACAGCUCGUCCGUGGACCACAGGCAAUGCAUCCACAGAUGUGGCUUUGGAGCUAAGGCUAUUAGUUGAGCCUGUUGCGCCAUUCUCGACAUCGCUAGUAUAAACACUGCUAGCAGUCUCGUCUUCAGUUGCGCGGAUAAUAUAUCCUCUCGGAAGAGUCUUACUCCUCGUGGUGACUUCAAACAAGACAGCUCCUCCAAGCUCAUGCUUAUGAGUAGCGGCGACUUUUUCGAAUGCUUGGCGUAUGCGAAAAUAGGGUGUGAAUGUGCCGGUGUUUUCUGCAAUAGGGCUCUGCGUUGAAUCUGUAGCAGCUCUUGAGAUAUCACCAAUCAUUGCUUGAAAAAAUGUGCAAUAAGGGCAGGAUGAUGUGUCGCUGAGAACGUGUGAUAGAGGAAUCCAUGGCCGUGGCUGUCCAACUUUCCAAUCAAGCAGCCUUGGGAAAUCAAUCAUGGAGCAGAAUUCGCAAAUAACGCCUGGUUCGUCAAGUAGUGAGUCAAUAUGUUGUGGCUCCUCGCCAUCGACAGAUGAUGGCAAUGCUGGGCUGGAAGGCUGGGCCGGUGAUGAGGUUGCAAUGAUACGAUUUUUACCCGUUCUGGUGCCCUUCUUCGCUUGAACACUCACGCCCAGACUUCUCUUAGAGUUUAACUGAUGGAAGUCGGCAGAAUCCUGCAGUGGCGGGCCAUCCUUAGCCCAGCGUCGAGUCCAUUCGGCUUCCUCGUCGUCUGCCUUUCCCCAACGGCGCCUCGGCAGAAUCCUCGAGAAGCGGCCCAUUAGGCAGGUUUAGGGAAGCGCCUUGUGAAGCGCCAGGACUGUUGCUGCAAGGUUAAAAUGUCGCUUAUCUCGAAUUAGGAUGACUCCUCAACGGGUCUCAUGAGUGAGAUGCGUCGCCCGUUUGCUCCGGUGAGGCAAAGUAUGUGAUUUGGAGCAGAUGGCGUCGUUCCCCUGUCCUCAAACCCCCUGAUUCAUUAGAGCAGAGCACGGCCCAUGGGAAGCAGAGUGUGGUUGACGGGUGGUGUGUCUGGGGUUGCGUUGGGCUAGGGGGUACCCCGGAUAUCUGCGAAUGCCGGGACAAACGGAGGCCGCAGAUAUUUUUUUUAGGUUAGCGAUGACUAUAUGUCAGCCGCUACCGAAACAGAGAACCAACGGCCUACUUAAACCUAAGCAAAGCACCGCGGAAAUACGCCCACCGAGCAAAGAGGAAACGCAGGUGAGAUAGUGAAAAUGGGAAAGGAGGCCAAUGGACAGCAAACGAGGCGGAAAAAAAGAGGCGACGCCCCUCCACACAGGCAAUCUACUGGCAAAGCGGCCCCAAGCUUUUUUAGUCCUUCUUUGCUCUUCUUCGUCUGUUCCCCAGAGAGCGGAGC